AUAUUAUUGUUCCUCCACGCGCCUGGCGUGACGUAGAUUCCGGGCGAGCGAAGAUGGCGAGCCGCGCGCUGCUGGUGGCGCGAGGGGGAGGUUUUGGCUUGGAAGGUUUACGUGGCUGCCUGCCUCGUUACUUGCAGGGUGUUCUUGCAGCGCCACUGCCCUGCCCGGCUUUCCAUGGACAAACCGUCCUUGUACGAGGGCUUGCAGUUGAAGCUAAGAAAGUAUAUGUACGGGACAAACCACACGUUAAUAUUGGGACCAUUGGACAUGUCGACCAUGGCAAGACCACGUUAACAGCAGCCAUCACCAAAAUUUUGUCUGAGGCAGGAAGCGCCCGGUUCAAGAAAUACGAAGAGAUCGAUAACGCACCAGAAGAGAAAGCCCGUGGGAUCACAAUCAACGCCUCCCACGUAGAAUAUUCGACAGCCAAUCGUCACUAUUCACACACAGAUUGUCCUGGGCAUGCUGAUUAUGUCAAGAAUAUGAUCACAGGAACAUCGCCUCUGGAUGGCUGCAUCCUGGUGGUAGCUGCAACGGACGGUCAGAUGCCUCAAACCAGGGAGCAUCUUCUGCUUGCCAAACAGAUCGGAGUGCAGCACAUUGUUGUGUACAUCAACAAAGCCGACGCCGUUGACGACAAAGAGAUGCUGGAUUUGGUGGAGCUGGAGAUCCGUGAGCUGCUCACCGAGUUUGGCUACAGCGGGGAGACGAUUCCUGUCAUCAUAGGUUCUGCUCUGUGUGCUUUGGAGCACCGGAACCCAGAGUUGGGCCUGAAUUCAGUCAUGAAGCUGCUGGAUACGGUGGACACGCACAUCCCUGUGCCUCAGCGUGAGCUGGACAAACCUUUCCUGCUUCCCAUAGAGCAUACCUACUCCAUACCAGGCCGGGGUACUGUGGUGUCAGGCACCCUUGAACGUGGCGUUAUUAAGAAAGGGGACGACUGUGAAUUUGUGGGGCACAACCGGAACAUGCGCUCAGUGGUAACUGGGGUGGAGAUGUUCCACAAACAAUUGGAGCGGGCAGAGGCUGGUGACAACCUGGGCGCUUUGGUGCGUGGGCUGAAGCGGGAGGAUCUGCGGCGGGGGAUGGUUAUGUGCAAACCUGGAUCUAUCCAGCCGCAUCAGAAGGUUGAAGCUCAGGUUUACAUCCUGAGCAAAGAGGAGGGUGGUCGUCACAAGCCGUUUGUUUCAAAUUUCACACCAGUCAUGUUUUCUCUGACCUGGGACAUGUCCUGCCGCUUGGAACUGCCCGCGGGAAAGGAAUUAGUUAUGCCAGGGGAGGACACCUCUCUAAUUAUGGUAUUGCGAAACCCCAUGGUUUUGGAGAUCGGCCAGCGAUUCACGCUCCGUGAUGGACACAGAACCAUUGGUACAGGAGUGGUCACAAAGACACUGGAAAUGACUUCGGCAGAUAAAGAGAAGUGGGAAAAUUAGAGUUUAUCCAACUCCGGUGUGUUUCAGGAAGCUGUUGCCUCAAGUGGCUGGCAUGAAACUAGAACUAAAGACUACUGGGCGAAGAGGAGAUGUGGGCAUCUUCGCAGAGAAUACUUUUUAUGUAAGCCUUGGUGAAAAUGGUUUACACCCACACAACUACAGCCUUGAAGGGUUAUUAAAAACAUAUGUUCUGCUUAAUCCUGUUUAUCUCUGAGGGGGAAACUAGUUAAAUAAAAGAUUAAACUAAUCUGAA